GCAGCGGCCACACCGCAAUCAUCUUCGAGCUCAAAUGUUCAGAGUGCCAUGACCGCUGUCGCACUCAACAAUGAUCAUCCUUUGGCGCUGGAGCUCGAGAGCCUAUGUAGCGCUGUUUCUCGCUAUCAGCACGAAGCACAUGCGACAUCACUGAGAUUGCAGCGUCAUUCAGUUGAGACCUCUCACGUUAUUGAACGCGCUCAUAUCCUGGAGAAGGAGAACACGCAACUCAAGGAGGAACUUGCUGUACUCAGAGCACAUCCGGACACGACCCCGCAUCCGGCUACCUUCCAGGUCCAGGAGCUCACACUUGCUCACCGUCGCCUUUCGGACAAGCUCACGCUUACAGAAGAAUCGCUUCUCUUUCGAACAACAGAGCUUGCACAUGCUCGGAGUGAUCUCGCAAAGGCUCGUCAUAAUGUGGAUGGCGCUGAGGCGCUAGCCUCCCGGACGAGAAACGAGCUCAAAGAGGCACAGGCUAGGGGACGCGAGCUUGAACGCAGAGCGCGAGCAGCCGAGGAAGAGCGGCGUCUCGCCGACCUUGUCGUGCAUGAAUAUGCUGAUCUCGUGCGCACGCUCGAAGGCAGGCCCCGAAUCUCACCGUCUUCUCAAUCAUUCUCCAGCUCGGCAACAAGUUCGAGCGCGACUCUUGUAGAAACCUUGGUGGAGGGCAAGUCUGGGUUACAGCGCCUGUUGGAAGAGUUCAACGCCGAGACAGAGCGGCUGGGCGCAGAACUCAGCCGGCAGCAGGACGAAUACGCGCUGCUGUCCGCUGAGCUUGAGGCGGAGUGCAAGCGUGCGUCUGACGACCGAGCAAGGCUUGUUGCAGCCGAGGCCGCACUCGAGAAGUACCAGAUUGAUGAUAAUACUGCUGCGAAGAUGGUAUCCCGCUACAUGAAGUUUUCGCAGUCGUCGAUAGACGCACUUCAGCAUGCAAUGGAGGCAAUGCGAGCUCGGCAUGCAGCCACGACGGCGACGUUGAGCGUGGAAAUAGACCACUUGCAGCGUUCGCUUCUCGGUGAGCGACGGGAGGGGGAAAGGCUGCGACUUGCGCUGGACGGACUCACGGAGGACAUCUCUCGUGAAACGUAUGGGCGACGGCGGGAGAUCUCGCUACGCUUGGCUUUCCUCGGACGCGAAGAGAGCCUUGCAGAAGGUCUCAGACGUUGGAUUCGGCGCUCUCGGGAGUCAUUCGACCAUGGCGGUUCCUCAGAAGACGGCCAGCAUGCCCUAUCUAAUCUGCGGGUCGUAUUUGAUAGCAGCAUACGAGAUGCCGAAUUGCUCCUCGAAUCUUUGAAUGGCCCACCGUCAGCUGACGGCGAUCCCAUUGGCUCUCUGGCACGCGUCAUUGCUGCACAAAAUGCGGUUACCAACCUGACCCACGAGUUGCACGUAGAGACGGAACGGCGUCUUGAAUUGGAACGACGACUGGCGCAGUAUUAUGUCGCUCAUGGCGUGUCGACUCCAAUCGUAAACGGUGUCUCGCAUUCUCCAGAAACUCUGACAACUAAGCACGACAGUCGAAAAUUACCGGAACGGUUGUCUGACCUUCCAUUACUUCAUUCGGCGACGGACAAGCCGCAUCAAAAUGGCUCGACUACUGUGACGAGAUCUGUCAUGCAGUCUGCAUCAAAUGCGAGCAUAGAAUUGGACUUACAGGACGCUCCCGUCCCCGAUGGCAACGACGUAUUCCCUGCCAGCUCGUCGCAUCUCCUGUCGACGAUUCCAGAGACGAGGACAAGCAGUUCCGUCAUUCACUUCCAGCCUACUGAUACUGCUGUCUCCUCCCCGUUCAACAAGCCUCUGAUCGAAGAUGUCGCAGAGCAUUCUCGAGAUAAUGAUGACCCUCCUCCGUGCACUCCCCCGGCUGGUGGCAACAUCGAUAUGGAUUCAGCAGGCAUCUCACAAUCGGCGCAUUCGGCACCCUUAGUAACUCAAGAAGACACUGCAGAACUGGCAUCAACGCCUACGGCAACAUUGCGGCCUGGACCUUUGGACGGUGCUGUAGUAGAUAGCAUUCUACCUCCUAUUGGUGCAGAACUACAAACCUUAGCAAGUCCCACCAACUAUACACAAGCGCGUGACUACUCUUCACUUUCUAUACCCUCGCAUAUACCCGAAGAUGAGAGCGAGCUCGUUAUCGCUGAAGUUGGGCCAGUCAAGCCGUCUGAGGCGGAGAACGAGCCUACAACAAGCGGUCAGAUGCCCGUAGCUGUUGGGAAUGUUUUCAUGCCCAUUCAGAGCGACGCGCCGGACGCGAUUCCUCCUUCUUCAUCGCAACUGUUCACUGCAACAAGCGCGCCGACUAUCGUUCCGGCCAAGGUACCGUCGCUAUUACCUAAUCUGCACAAUGUGAAGCAGCGCUACAAUACGUUGCAGCAUGGAUUCCGUGACUGUUAUCUUGCACUCAAGGAAAUGAAGAAAGGUCUCAUGCAGCUACCCAAGAACUUAGAGAUGGCUCUCGUCCUUCAGAAAGCAGUCGAGCGACUGGUCGACUUCAACGAGGAUGCCCGUGUGGAGCUGGAGAUCCGUGUCACGGAUGAGGCUCGUAUUACGUCUGGAUACGAAGCGCUGCUGACCAUUCCUGGCGCGAUGUCUGACGAGAUCGACGAGGCGCAGUUGGAAGCAGAAAUCAAAGCGUUCCUAGACGGCACAGACAGGGAAGUUUCGAAGGCUACACAACAAUUCAGCCACAAAUUGGAUGACCUCGAACACGACAUUGCGGCUGUGAAGCAUGCAUUGCACGAGCUAUCCGCAUCAUCUGAAGACUUGCCGCCGCCCCGUUCUCCUGCAAAACCUUGGUCGUCCUGGGCCUCCGGCUUGCUCACUCCUUCUCGUCCAGCAAGCCCUGCAUUCGGCUCCAUCUCGGCAUCCCCGAAACCACAUCAGUUACCAUUAUCACAUUCGCGACAACGCUCGGACGAUUCCGUGGUUUCAAAUCAUAAUGAUCCUUUCGCGAGCCUAGGGCUGCGCAUAUCGAUGCCUAUACCCGUCAUCCCUGCGUCGCCUUCCUUAACACCUGCAAAAAUGAACACCCAAUUUCGUAUGGCGCCGGCAUCUUAUAUGCUUGGUCUCGGCGCGCGCACUCAGUCCUUCGGUCUGAAAAGUAUUUCUCCCGUCAGGCCACAGUUUAUCAGCCCUUUGGCGGCGAGCAACCCUGAGGAUGAUGACACCACUACGAGUGACGGCGAGGAGGGUGAUGACGUGGACUCUGAUGUAGAGUAGUCUGCAGAUGUUUCUGCUUAAUAGUAAGCCUGUGCGCGCACGGGAUUCAUCUAGACGAUGAACUGCACAAUUGAAUACGAUUGAGCUCAGC